CUCAUACACAUCACUCUCGGACGAAUAUCGCAGUCAACAUGGGGCAGCCAGUGGUGGUGGUUGUGUUGGUUGCGUGUCUCCUCCCCUUAGCACAAUCACAAGCCUUUAAAAAAUGUGAGACGGCAGAUUAUCCCCCAGACAAGCAGGAUGAAGUGCCACUGUAUCGGGUGGACCUGGACCGGCAGCCGCGGGACCGAUGGACUCCACUCGUACAAGACAAAGGGGCUCAGAUGGAGGCGCUGAUAGAUGACGUGACGCAGCUUGUCCAAAAACUCUUCGGGGAAAGAGUCCUCCAGUUUCUUCUCAGCAGUCUCUCAGAGGUGACCUCCACUCUGCCUGAGCCAUAUAAGGAGGAAAUUGAAGGUAUUUCCUCAGCUACCGGGUUACCAGUCAGUACAGUGACAUUGUACAAUAUAUUCUACGAGAUCUUUACUUUCUGCACCUCACUGGUGGUUCAGGACCCUGCCGGCCAUCUGUAUCACGCCAGGAAUUUGGACACAGGAGUGCUCUUAGGGUGGGACGCACAAAACCACACCUGGAAGGUCGCCGAGUUACUGCAGCCGCUCACCGUGCGGUUGCAGUGGACACAGGGCGGUAUUACUGUCUUUGAGUCCCUGAGCUUUGCCGGCUACAUAGGCGUGCUGACUGGUGUUAAGAAGGACAGCUUCACAUUCUCUCUGAACAAAAGGUUCGCCCUUAACGGAGGCUUCAUUGGCUUGCUGGAGUGGAUGCUGUUCAACGACCGCGACCAGCGCUGGGUGUCAUUCCUCACGAGGGAGGUGAUGGAGACGGCCACCACCUACCAGGAGGCAAGUGAUGCCCUCUCCAGCCCCCGCCUGCUGGCUCCAGUCUACUUCAUCCUGGCAGGCACUCAGCCUGGCGAGGCCUGCAUCAUCACCAGGGACAGAGACAAUUAUGACCUGAAGCCAUUAGGACGAAACGAGUCCUGGUUUUUGGUACAAACAAACUAUGACCACUGGAAGACUCCUCCUUUCUUCGAUGACCGCAGGAGUCCUGCCAAACAGUGCCUCACCGCCGCGGGCGUGCAGCACGCCUCUCCUGCCCUGCUGUACAACGUACUCUCCACACGCCCAGUGCUCAACAAGGCAACAGUGUACACGGCUCUCAUGGAUGUCAGGUCCGGCCAGGUGCACGGCUGGCUGCGCCGCUGUGAGGACCCCUGCUGGCCCUGGUGACUGUGAGGGUCCAUGAGCUGAACAUGCUGAUUUUACUGAUCAUUGCCUGGACAGUUGAUUGUGCUGAUCCAUGUUGGCAGUGAUGAUUGUGCUAACAGUGCUGCCCUUUUCCAAUGUUCAGACUGCUGAUCCAUUCAGGCUGUCAUGAUUGUCCCUUUGACACUGCUAACUGUUUACUGUGAUCCCUGCUGGUCUCUCUCGGCCACAAGCUUCACCCCAGAAGUUAUCUUAGCUGGCGUGUACUCAACGAUUGUUCCACUUUCAUCACAAACCUGUGGAAUAUAUUGCGUAGUUUUUUUACUGGUACCACUGGGUGUUGGGUGUGUCCCAGCAAUGUCAGUGAAUCACGACAAUGAAAUUCAAUGCAAGACCCACAUUUUAUAUAAAAGGAGAUAGAACAAUAUCUCCAAAGAAUUCAACGAACUGUCCAAUAGGUGUCUGGCUCAAUACAGAUGCGUAAGAAAUAAGUUAUUACGUACAGCAAAUUCUUCUCGUUAUUUUCACAAAUCCUGAAACAUUUUAAUCUUCAUAUCUAUUUCAAUUAUUAUAUUCUUUUAAAUUCUAUAAUUUACACUUAUUCCCUUAUUCAUAUAGAAGAUAAUAUUCAAAAGUAUGAUACUAAUGAUUUAUGGCUUGACUUUUCAUUAGUAAUUUAUCAUAGUAGCACUAUUUUAAUCCUAAAAUUCAGAUACCAUCGUCAUUUUUUAGUACACUUGUUCACCAGCAGUAGAUUUCAAAUUGCUCAAGUUUCAAUUGUUAGCAUCGCCACAGUCCUCUUUCAGACAUUCCUUUCUCCUACAUGCAUGCUGAUGUCCUUGUGAUCGAAGCUUCAUACAAUCAUAUUAUCCCUUCAUCCAUGUAUUGAUCACUCAACAAACCCUUUAAUAUCUAAUCUCAAUCUACUGUUAUAUUCUUUGAUGGCAUUCUUUCUCAUACCCAUUCCCACACAUGCUUUACUAUCUCUGUAUGAACUUUUCAGUUCUUUGUAGCCUUCUAGUUAUCUUAUCAAUAUACACUGUUUGCCACAAUGUAUUUUGUCAGUCACAUUAUGAGUAUGCCUUCUACAAUAAAAAAAAAAUCAAAUAAAAAA